GCAAUUAUUGAAAAAUAAUUUGUAAAAACUAUAAUCAAAAUUGAAUUAAAAUAUGGCGACCAUAAGUUUAACCAAUUAUGAUGGUGCAUAUGAAAACUAUGAAAAAUGUGGAGAAAUACUCAAAUCACCCACAAUAAUUGGUAAACAUCAACAAGAUCAGCAUUAUGCUUUAUUAUGUCUAUUAUGCCAGGAAAUUUGCUUGCAAUUUGAAACAUUUAUUGGACACAUUGAGCAAGAGCAUGGACAUAAUCAUGAACACAUGACGGGAUCUAAAUUGGAGAUAGCUGAAAGUAACACGAUUAAAGAUGAAGAUGUAAAGAUAAUUGAUAAUUGUUAUAAUCAAGGUUACAUAGAAGAAGAUGAAAAGAAUAUUUUCAUGGAUCCUUUGGAAGAACCAGAAGUAAUGUUGGUUGGAGAAAUGCAAGAAAAUGUGAAGGCUUAUUUUAGCAAAGAAGAGCACAGCGUCCGUUUAAAAGCAAAAUAUCCAGAGCAUCGGACACUGAAAGAAGAACCACCAGAAAAAAUUAGAGCGUGUCGGGAUUACAUAGGAUUGGGUGAUAUUGUUUUGAGGAAUGAUGAGGCUGAAAAUUGUGGGUUUGAACAUUCUUUGUCGAUGAGUGAUAAUGAACUAUAUGACGGUGAGCUCAGCAAUUUCCGAAAACACAACUAUUGUAAAUACAAUGACGAUGAAAAUAGCUUGGAUAAUUUUGAUGAAUGUUCUGAUGAGAAUGACAAUAGAAAAUUUAAAUUACCGAAGAAGACGAAGUCGACUGAACUUGACAUUGAUAAAUUUAUGGAAAAGCGUCAAAACGUUUUGAUUUUGUUGGCUGCGUAUGAGCAGCAAGAUGAAUUAUGGGAUAGCACUAGGCCACCCAAGCUGGUAAAUCGUUGUCGUAAAAAAAGGGAAAGGGCUUUGACUAAAAUUGCUGAUGAACUGAAGGAAAAAGUCGGACUUGUCGUGAAUAUCCAGGAUGUUGAUAGAAUUAUCAAAUAUUUGCGUGUGCGUUAUAUUCGUGAGGUGCGCAUACGUUUGCAGUUCAUUAAUAAAGAUGAUUAUAAACCGUUAUGGUUUUAUGAAAAAAUGGAAUUUCUUAAACCUACUUUACCCUUCAUCCAGGAGAUGGAGGAGGAUCAACUUUUAGCUAAACCUGAAUUGAAUAGCGAUCAAAUUAUAAAAUUAAUAGAAAUUUAUAAAAUUCAUAGCUGUUUAUGGGAUGAACAGGAUAUUUAUUAUAAUUCUGAACAGCGUCGCCAGGAAGCGCUGAGAAACAUGUGCCAACAAAUCAAUGAAAAAUUAAAUUUAAAUUAUUUGUUGACUGAUGUUGAGAACAAAAUUGAUUUCAUACAUAAAAUGGUAAAAAAGGAAAAAGAAUCCCAAAUAGAGUAUCAACAACAACGGGAUUGUAGAAGAGCUGCGGAUCCAAUAUAUAAAUCGAGUAAUCGAUUUUAUGACAAUAUAGCGUUCUUGCUGCCGCAUUUGGGUCCAUUUAAAUGCUCGCACUGCCCAAAAAUUAUUUAUCAUAUUAAUACGUUUCGCAUUCACACGGCUAAACAUGAUGGCAGUAAACCGUUCAAAUGUCGUGUUUGUCAAUAUGAAUUUACUCAAAAGCCGGGAUAUGUUAUACACUUGAGGCGUCAUACUCAGGACUUUCCGUUUGUUUGCAAAUUCUGCCAGAAAGGCUUCCCAUGUAAAAAAGAACUCAAAUUGCAUUUUCAAAAUCAUCCCGAAUAUGAAAAGGAAUACAUUUGUGACGUGUGCGGUGACGGUUUUACGCAGCAAAAACUACUGAAUUGGCAUCUGAAAGUGCAUAGUAACACACGUGAUUCCAUAUGUAAUGAAUGCGGCAAAGGAUUCACUAAUUCAAAGCUUUUAUUUCAACAUCGCAGCGUCCAUAGUAAAGAAAAGAGUGUAUGUAAAUUAUGCAGUAAAACAUAUGCUCACUACAGAGGUCUAUCUCGGCACAUGAUUAAAGAUCAUGGUACGACGGUAGCGGCAGUCGCUGCAGUUUUAGGUGAAAAGCCGAAAAAGCGAGUACUUAAUAUAAACGAAAAGAACUCCCAACAUCCAGAAAGAUUACCAAUAACUAAUAGUAUCGCAAAUACUACGACACUUCAAGAGCCAUCCUAGAAAUAAAAUAUAUAUCGAA